UUUGGCCGUGGCAGUGGGUCAGUGGUGGAGGCAAGCAAUUCAUGUUUCGACAAUGUGACAUCUCUUCAGCAAUGCUCAGUCAAAGGUUUUACAAGAGCAACCUGCGGGCAUGAAUAUGAUGCUGGUGUUCUCUGUGCAGGUCAACCACCAAUAAGGCUUGUGAACGGCACUGACCGAUGCUCUGGUCGAGUGGAGAUUCUGCAUGAAGGCCAGUGGGGAACAGUGUGUGAUGAUGACUGGGACCUCAGAGAUGCUGAGGUGGUGUGUAGAGCCAUGGACUGUGGACCACCUCAGAGAGCCAAAUCCAGUGCCUUCUUUGGUAAAGGCCAAGGAAAGAUCUGGCUUGAUGAUGUCAACUGUCUGGGUAAUGAGAUGUUCCUUGGGCACUGCAGGCAUUCAUCAUUUGGAGAACAUAACUGUGGUCAUGGUGAAGAUGCAGGAGUGAUUUGUUCAGAAAGCUUGGCAGUCCGCUUGGUUAACAGUACUGAUGAGUGCUCUGGAAGAGUGGAGGUUCGUCAUGGCGCCCAGUGGCACACAGUGUGUGACACGGACUGGACUCUAAGUAAAGCUGGAGUGGUGUGUGAGUCGCUGCAGUUUGACAAGCACACCGUCCCUAGUCCUGCAGCAGCAGGGAGGCCCAGCAUCCCAGACCCCGAUCAGAUGGCCACCUCCUCCUCCCAGCCCCCUGCCCCAAUGAGGAACAGAGAACAGGGGCCAGUGGGGACUGUGUGUGCUGAAUCCUGGGACAUCGAUGAUGCAGCAGUGGUGUGCAGACAGUUGGACUGUGGGAAGCCCCAUAAGCUUAUUCAGCUUGGCCCUGGUACAGGACAGACCUGGACUGAUCAAAUUGAAUGCAAUGGAAGAGAGUCUACAUUGAAUCAGUGUCCACAAAGACCAUAUCCAGACAGGACUUGCAACAACACUGUAGUGGCUGGUGUUUUCUGCACAGAAAGCUUGGCAGUGCGCUUGGUUAACGGUACUGAUGAGUGCUCUGGAAGAGUGGAGGUUCGUCAUGGCGCCCAGUGGCACACAGUGUGUGACACGGACUGGACUCUAAGUAAAGCUGGAGUGGUGUGUGAGUCGCUACAGUGUGGACGUGUCGAGAAAGCUCAUGGUGGUGCAUUUUUUGGCCGUGGCAGUGGGUCAGUGGUGGAGGCAAGCAAUUCAUGUUUCGACAAUGUGACAUCUCUUCAGCAAUGCUCAGUCAAAGGUUUUACAAGAGCAACCUGCGGGCAUGAAUAUGAUGCUGGUGUUCUCUGUGCAGGUCAACCACCAAUAAGGCUUGUGAACGGCACUGACCGAUGCUCUGGUCGAGUGGAGAUUCUGCAUGAAGGCCAGUGGGGAACAGUGUGUGAUGAUGACUGGGACCUCAGAGAUGCUGAGGUGGUGUGUAGAGCCAUGGACUGUGGACCACCUCAGAGAGCCAAAUCCAGUGCCUUCUUUGGUGAAGGCCAAGGAAAGAUCUGGCUUGAUGAUGUCAACUGUCUGGGUAAUGAGAUGUUCCUUGGGCACUGCAGGCAUUCAUCAUUUGGAGAACAUAACUGUGGUCAUGGUGAAGAUGCAGGAGUGAUUUGUUCAGAAAGCUUGGCAGUCCGCUUGGUUAACAGUACUGAUGAGUGCUCUGGAAGAGUGGAGGUUCGUCAUGGCGCCCAGUGGCACACAGUGUGUGACACGGACUGGACUCUAAGUAAAGCUGGAGUGGUGUGUGAGUCGCUGCAGUGUGGACGUGUCGAGAAAGCUCAUGGUGGUGCUGUUUUUGGCCGUGGCAGUGGGCCAGUGGUGGAGGCAAGCAAUUCAUGUUUCGACAAUGUGACAUCUCUUCAGCAAUGCUCAGUCAAAGGUUUUACAAGAGCAACCUGCGGGCAUGAAUAUGAUGCUGGUGUUCUCUGUGCAGAUAAAUCAACAAUAAGGCUUGUGAACGGCAUUGACCGAUGCUCUGGCCGAGUGGAGAUUCUUCAUGAAGGCCAGUGGGGAACAGUGUGUGAUGAUGACUGGGACUUAAAAGAUGCUGAGGUGGUGUGCAGAGCCAUGGACUGUGGAACACCUCAGAGAGCAACAUCUAAUGCCUUCUUUGGUGAAGGCCAAGGAGUAAUCUGGUUUUCUUCUGUCACCUGUUUGGGUAAUGAGACAUCCCUUGGGCACUGCAGGUAUAGCCCCUCUGGAAGUUUUUCGUGCAGCCACAGUGAAGAUGCAGGAGUGAUUUGUUCAGCUACCAUUCGACUGACCAAUGGGACUGACAUGUGCUCAGGAAGGGUGGAGGUCCACCGUGGUGAACACUGGUCACCAGCAUUUAAUAUAAACUGGGGAAUGAAUGAAGCUACAGUGGUGUGCAGAGAGAUGAAUUGUGGAGAGCCUGUCAAGAUUUCAAGGUCAUUUGGUCAAGGUGAAGAUCUGAGAGGACAUGAGAUCCACUGUAAUGGCACAGAGAGCUCUCUCACACAGUGCAUGUUUAGGAACUAUACCAGAUCUAUCACGGAUAGUAUUGAAGAGGCCUCUGUGGUAUGCUCAGGUAAUGUGAGAUUAACCGGUGGAUCCACUCGUUGUGAUGGAAGAGUUGAUUAUUUCAAUAAAGGCCAGUGGGGGACUGUGUGUGCUGAAUCCUGGGACAUCGAUGAUGCAGCAGUGGUGUGCAGACAGUUGGACUGUGGGAAGCCCCAUAAGCUUAUUCAGCUUGGCCCUGGUACAGGACAGACCUGGACUGAUCAAAUUGAAUGCAAUGGAAGAGAGUCUACAUUGAAUCAGUGUCCACAAAGACCAUAUCCAGACAGGACUUGCAACAACACUGUAGUGGCUGGUGUUUUCUGCACAGAAAGCUUGGCAGUCCGCUUGGUUAACAGUACUGAUGAGUGCUCUGGAAGAGUGGAGGUUCGUCAUGGCGCCCAGUGGCACACAGUGUGUGACACGGACUGGACUCUAAGUAAAGCUGGAGUGGUGUGUGAGUCGCUGCAGUGUGGACGUGUCGAGAAAGCUCAUGGUGGUGCUGUUUUUGGCCGUGGCAGUGGGCCAGUGGUGGAGGCAAGCAAUUCAUGUUUCGACAAUGUGACAUCUCUUCAGCAAUGCUCAGUCAAAGGUUUUACAAGAGCAACCUGCGGGCAUGAAUAUGAUGCUGGUGUUCUCUGUGCAGGUCAACCACCAAUAAGGCUUGUGAACGGCACUGACCGAUGCUCUGGUCGAGUGGAGAUUCUGCAUGAAGGCCAGUGGGGAACAGUGUGUGAUGAUGACUGGGACCUCAGAGAUGCUGAGGUGGUGUGUAGAGCCAUGGACUGUGGACCACCUCAGAGAGCCAAAUCCAGUGCCUUCUUUGGUGAAGGCCAAGGAAAGAUCUGGCUUGAUGAUGUCAACUGUCUGGGUAAUGAGAUGUUCCUUGGGCACUGCAGGCAUUCAUCAUUUGGAGAACAUAACUGUGGUCAUGGUGAAGAUGCAGGAGUGAUUUGUUCAGAAAGCUUGGCAGUCCGCUUGGUUAACAGUACUGAUGAGUGCUCUGGAAGAGUGGAGGUUCGUCAUGGCGCCCAGUGGCACACAGUGUGUGACACGGACUGGACUCUAAGUAAAGCUGGAGUGGUGUGUGAGUCGCUGCAGUGUGGACGUGUCGAGAAAGCUCAUGGUGGUGCUGUUUUUGGCCGUGGCAGUGGGCCAGUGGUGGAGGCAAGCAAUUCAUGUUUUCGACAAUGUGACAUCUCUUCAGCAAUGCUCAGUCAAAGGUUUUACAAGAGCAACCUGCGGGCAUGAAUAUGAUGCUGGUGUUCUCUGUGCAGAUAAAUCAACAAUAAGGCUUGUGAACGGCAUUGACCGAUGCUCUGGCCGAGUGGAGAUUCUUCAUGAAGGCCAGUGGGGAACAGUGUGUGAUGAUGACUGGGACUUAAAAGAUGCUGAGGUGG